UCCUCAUUUUUAUGUUUAGCUUUCUCACCCUCGAAACCGAAUCAACCAUAACUAUCAGCAAGCAUUACUGCUCGAAUUCAAGCACUUUCAGUCUGAAAAGCGCCUACGAGGCCAACCUCGACCUCCUCCUCGAGUCCCUUUCCUCUCAUGCCAACUCGAGUAACGGAUUCUUCAACACGAGCACAGGGAAGCCAGGUGACACCGAUGCCGUGUACGGCAGCUUCCUAUGCAGGGGAGAUGUGACCAAGGAUGUGUGCAUCGAAUGUGUGACAAAUGCUAGUGUCAGGAUCAAAGAGAUCUGUCCAAUGGCCAAGGUGUCCAUCAUCUGGUUUGAUGAGUGCCAGUUGCGGUAUUCAGACCAUAACUUCUUCUCAGCCGCAGACAAAGCGCCUCUUAUGUACCAGUAUAAUAAGGAGAAUGUGAGGGAUCCUGCCGAUUUCAUGAAGCUAUUGAGCAAAACAAUGGACCAGUUGAUAACUCCUGCUGCUGAACGACCCGAUAAGAAGUAUGCUUACAAAGAGGCCUAUUUCAAAUCAAGGGGGCUAUAUACCUUUGCCCAGUGCUGUCCUGAUAUCUUGGUGGCUCGCUGCGAGGAUUGCCUGCAGAACGCGACUUCGAAUCUCCUGACAAUCCAAACUGGGAAAAUCGGGGGCAGAGUCUUGCUUCCAAGUUGCUUCGUCAGAUUCGAGGUGUACCCUUUCUAUGAAAACGUCUCUGAAGUUGAAAAGAAAAGGCAUUCUUCAUCAAGAUUAGUUGUUGGGAUAAGUUCUGCAGCUUCGGCAGUCGUGUUACUUUGCAUUGUGCUCUGCUUUGCCCUCAAAAGAAAAAAGAACAAGAGAAACCAUGUCGAAGAAGAUCCUAUUGUUGGGAGCAAAAUUUCUGAACUCCAUUCCCAGCAAUUUGAUAUGUGCACAAUUGAAUCCGCCACAUCUUACUUCUCGAAUCACAACAAAUUAGGGGAAGGCGGGUUCGGUCCAGUUUACAUGGGUACACUUCCUUGUGGGAGAAAAAUUGCAGCAAAAAGGUUAUCUCAAAGGUCGAAACAAGGCGCGCAGGAAUUCAAAAACGAAGUGGAAUUGGUAGCCAAGCUUCAGCACCGAAACCUAGUGAGGCUAUUAGGUUUUUCCAUGGAAAGAGAAGAAACGAUACUGGUCUACGAAUACGUUCGCAAUGGAAGCCUCGACCAGUUGCUUUUCAAUCCUCAGCGAAGCAUACAGUUGGAUUGGUCAGCACGCCACAAGAUUAUGGUUGGGGUGGCGCGCGGUCUUCUUUACCUUCAUGAAGAUUCUCGGCUCCGAAUUAUCCAUCGUGACCUCAAAGCUAGUAACAUUCUGCUUGAUGACGAUAUGAAUCCGAAAAUCUCAGACUUUGGUAUGGCUAGAAUUUUUUGUGCUGAGCAGACUCAAGGAAGUACCAACAGAAUUGUCGGAACUUAUGGCUACAUGUCUCCUGAAUACGCAAUGUAUGGGCACUUCUCAGUAAAAUCCGACGUGUUCAGCUUUGGUGUGCUCAUGCUAGAGAUCAUAACUGGCAAGAAGAGUCAACAAUCUUAUGUAUCAGACCACGAUGCGGGCCUUCUAGACUAUGUUUGGGAACACUGGAGAAUCGGAGCACCUUUGGAAAUCGUGGAUCCGGCACUGAGUGAAUCUGUCUCUGCGAACGGAGUGAUUAGAUGUAUUCACAUUGGCUUGCUCUGCGUUCAGAACGACAAAGAGGCCCGACCUGCUAUGGAUACAGUUGUUCUUAUGCUUGGUAGUGGAGAUUCAGUUAGCUUCCCCAUGCCCGAGCAACCCACGUUCUUCAUCCCAAGUGUGAAGCACAAACAACAAUCACAAGAUCCAAACUCGAAUCAAUCAAGCGAGAAGGUCGAUAGCAGCAAGGUAAUGCCGAAGUGUUCAGUGAUCAGCGGCUGUAUUACUGAUGUGGCUCCUCGAUAG